GGCGGCCUGAAAGGCAUUAUUUCAGCUGAUUCCACGAAACUCCGUAAAGUCUUCUUGCGAUGGUGCAAUCUGCACUUGAAUCAACUUUGUCUGUAAAUGAGACGUACAUCUAACCAGCUGAUGGUGACAAGCUGGCUGAGAUAUGUUUGUAUCUCUUUUUGAAACCGAUGAAGAAGGAUCGAAAAACAGUAAACCAGGUACUACUGGCAGAGUUUCCAAACAGAACAAGCUGAACUGGCCUCCUCAGCCAAGAGGGGUAACUGGAAUCUGUGGUCUGCGGAACCAAGGAGCCACGUGUUAUUUGAAUUCUUUACUGCAAACGUUAUUUUUCACUCCAGAAUUUAGAGAUGGGCUUUUCAGCCUUACAUCAGAAGAUUUGAGCUAUGAUCCAAGAGGUGGGACUUAUCCCAAGGUCAGAGUGAUACCACAUCAGCUUCAGAAAUUGUUUGCCAAGCUCCUUCUGCUUGAUCAAGACAGUGUUAACACUUCUCAAUUGACAGAUAGUUUUGGUUGGACUGGAAAUGAGGGAUUUCAACAGCAUGAUGUUCAAGAAUUAAGCAGAAUCUUGUUUGGCGCCUUAGAAUCAUCUCUUCUUGGUACCCCUGGAGAGGCUUUGAUUAAGAAUCUGUAUCAUGGAACCUCUGUAACAAAGGUAACUUGUCAGGAAUGUUGGCAAGUCAGUGAAAGAGAGGAGGAUUACCUUGACCUUCCAUUGGUUCUCUCUGGGUGCAAGGACUUGCAAGAGAGUCUUUCUAUGAGUUAUGCUGCUAUGGAGAUUUUGGAGGGAAGAAAUCAGUAUAAGUGUGGAUUAUGUAACAAGCUUGUCAAUGCUACAAAGGGCAGUAAUAUAAGAACUCUGCCUCCCAUCCUGACAUUUUCAUUGCUGAGGUUUGAUUAUGAUUUUCGAAAAGGCGAACGAGUUAAGGACUGUAAGAGAUACUCCUUUCCAGUCACACUAAACAUGAAAGAUUUUUGCGAAUCUAGUGAUGCUGUUGAAGCAGAUCAAGAAUAUCAGUUGUUUUCUGUUGUUAUUCAUGGAGGAAGUUGUUAUGGAGGACACUACCAUGUGUACAUUCGUGAUGUUGAAGGAGUGCGAACCUGGCAUCCACCUGAGAAGAAGCAAGUGAAAGUCGUUAAAGAAGAUGAUGUUGACGAGAAAGAUGUCAUCAACUGUGGGAACCCUGUGGACCUAAUUACCAGUUUACUGAAGAAGCUUGGUGGUGCUGCAUCUGUCAAUCAGUUAUGUCAGUAUAUGUCAAAGGAAACAGGGAUUUCUUGGAAUAAGGGAUUUAAAAGUCAAUAUGGACCUCUAACAAAGUUUUUCAAGAAAAACUCUGAUGUGUUCAGGUUCAGUGAUGCAUCAGGUUAUGUCUCACUACAAAAUGGUAUCCAUGAAAAUUCCAACAAAACAUCACUAGCAGUGGUCCAAGAACAAGGGGAACCAGGAAAACUUGUAGAUGAUGUUCAGAAAAGAAACUCCCAACCUGUAUUGGAAGGUGAAAGUUUGCCUGAGCAUGGACAUUGCUGGUUUGAUAUAAAUGAUUCAAGGAUAUCCUGUAUACAUGAAAAAGACCUCCAAAGUCAGUUUGCUGGAAAGGAAAGUGCUUACAUGCUGUUUUAUAGGAGAAAAAACCUUUCUGCAUGUGUGGAAGAUCCAGCUCUCUUAGUCCCUGCUCCAAUUAGAGCUGAGGUUGAUAAACUAAAUGAGGAUUUGGUGAGGCAAAGGAAAGACUAUGACUGUCAUCUAAAUGAAAUUUCUCUUAGUGUGCAUUUUGGAAACAACUAUACAAUGACAGACAGUGUUCUGCAGAUUAAACAGGGAGUAUCUGUCAAACCACUGAUUAUAUCACUGGACAGAAGAAAGUCUGUAAAUGAUCUUUUAAAAACUGUUCUUAAGCUUGACAUGCCUGGAAAUGAUGCAGAAUGUAACACUCUUCACAUUACUCGACAAUUACCAUCAGGCCUCCAUCUUUUUGAAGAACUGACGGAGUAUCCAGAAAAGUCUCUUAUACAAAGUGGAGUGAGUGGAGGUACAGAUGUAUUCCUAUGGAAUGGGAAAGAGAUUGAUGGAUACUCAGUGUAUCCUGGAGAAGACUCGGCACCAGUGCUGCUAAACAUAACAUAUUCCACAUGUCAACUGCAAGAUACAGUGGAAAUUCAGAAGCAUUUUAGAAAGGAUUCUACAGUGGGAGAGAUGAAGAUUAUGAUGAGCAAUUUUGUCAGAAUAAAUUUUCAAGAUUUGCGUCUAAGCUGGGUGAAGUCAAAAGGUAAAACCAAGCAAAUAAUGCCUAUAGAUUCAGAUCAGGAUGGUAACACACUGCACGAGAUAGGUCUACAAGACGGCGAUCAAUUGGUGGCUGAAGAAAAGGAAGGAUUGAAAUCCAGUGAACAGGGUCCGCCUAAGUUAGCCUCUGAAGAGAAGGAGAAAGCUUCUAGUCUGAUGUCCUUUGAGGUGGAGAAUAGAUGUUUGAUGCAGGAGUCUAAAGAACAGAUCGACAAUGACAGAAGUACAGGUUGGCCAGUUUUGUCCGUCAAGAUUCAUAAAGAGCAGACUGUUGGUGAUCUCAAAGCCAAAGUUCUUGAACUUGCAGACUGCAAUGGUAUCUCAGAAACCGCUUGUCGUUUACGGUCCGAUAGCGAUUGUCAAGGUCUUGGUGCCCCAGUGUAUGAACAUGAAACUUUGGAGGAGUCUUGGCUCAAUGAAGGUCAGCGGCUUGUAUUGGAGCAUAAGCCCCCUCUGCUCCAAGGAGAAAUCAUGAUCCGUUACUAUGUAUGUUCCCCCAUACAUACCAGCAGGAAAGAAGAGGAACAAACUGUGCUUAAAUCGUGCACCAUUCGUGAGUGUCUACAACUGUUAAUGGAAGACUCCAACCUACAAGGGAUGAGCUGGCAUUUAAGAAAAACUAACUGGAUCGGUGAACCAACUGACCUGCUAGACAACGAGGAAGAAACGCUGGAGAAUAAAAACAUUAAAAAUGGCGACACUCUUAUCGUUGAAGAGGGAAGGCUUCCUCCAAAGGGGUUCAUUCGUCUUAAUUUAUGGCAAACAAACAGUGGGAAGGCGAAAAACCAACAUUUUGGAGGGGUUCUAAACUGGAUUACAUCUGGUGUACAAGGUCUCCUUGGUUCAUCCACGGUGGAGACUUCAGGGAAUGAUGACAACGCAAAGGGCAGCGAUUCAUUGGAACCUUUGGGUGAUGUGGAGAUAUCCAAGGAAUCUUCACUGUAUGAUCUAAAGCUGCAAAUAAGUCACAUGCCGCAGCUAUCAGAUAACGUGAUCCCGACACCUUUAUUUGUCAGACUUCAGGAAGUCGUGGACAAUCACGCAACACGAGUUCUUAGAGGAACAAAUCGAACAUUGAGGCAGCUAAAACUGACCUCAUCUACUCAGCUUUCUGUGUGUGUUCUUCAACACGAGGAAGAUUUAAGUUCUUCUGCAGUGCUGUUGAGACUAAAGAAAAGGAUGCCACGAGAGAGGUGUUACUAUGAUGAACAAGAGGUAAUAUUUGAGCCGCCAGGAGGUGCUACGCCCGAGGCCUUACAUUACUUUGUGGGCAAAGUUUGUGAUAUUCCUCUUGAAAAACUUAAUGUGGCCAAAUAUCUCAGAGCCAAAUAUGAAUGGUUGGUCAUCAAAGACACCGAUGGAACUCAGAACAAGAAAAAGGGUCGGAAAAAGAAAAUCAAUUUGCGACAGUCUCCUGUUUAUCUUCAAGAUGGAGAUGUUAUUGGUGUCAAGAAUUGCCAAUCCGAUUCGGAAGACAAUGAUGAUUUCAGUACACCAGCAGAUGAUGAAGGAAAAGAAAAACUUAAAAGGAAAGAGGAGGAGAAAAAGAUGAGGAGAAAAGAAAAACGGGCAAGACGACCUGAAGUUCCGCUCUGCAUUCAUGUGGAUGACUUUAGAUAGCAUAUUGACCGUUCCUGACAAACCGAUAAAUUUCGACCGGUUCAUUUUUCACUGAGCUUCGAAGUAAUCCGAAGUUGCUUUUAUUUGUUUUACUUCGCUUCAUAGUUGGUCCAGAAAACUUGCACGACUUUCUCAACUAAUCAGACUCAAGACUGAAACCAAUCGUGACUUAGAGACCUCCGUUUUCCGCACUAUGAGCAGUUUGUUUUUAUAUUGAAUUCUUAUUGGCUUGUUGUGAUAUAUUCCUUCUCUCUGAUCGGCUGUUUUGAUUAUUUUUGGUUUGUUUUACGACAGUCAAUCCAAAUGUGCUCUAUGAGGGUGGGGGUGGGGAGUGUGAGUUAACAUCAGUUUGGCCAGACGUCGAAAAUCACACUUUGAACUUUGACAAAUGGAACAACGCUUUCAGGAUUCAACUGGACGUCCUAAAAUUUUGCCAAAAAUUUAGGCUCUAAAACAAAGGAAAA